GUGAAAGUGCGUCCCCGCCCCUGCCCCCUGUUCCGUGCGGAGUCUCUGGGAUCUCUCUCUCUGUCACCUCACAGUAGUCGUUGCCGGUCGCGGGUGUGGGGGCGCGAGCAGCCCAGGGCCGCCUCUCCCCCGCCCUCAGGCCGGGCUCCGGCUCGGUCCCCCGCUCCCUCCUCUCCCCUCCCCGGUCGGGUACCGGAAGGUCCAAGCCGCUGCCGGGUGCCCGAGGGCCAUCGUGGCCGCCGCCACGGGUCCUGAUGGAGCCGCCGAAUCUCUAUCCGGUGAAGCUCUACGUGUACGACCUGUCCAAGGGCCUGGCCCGCCGGCUCAGCCCCAUCAUGCUGGGGAAACAACUGGAAGGCAUCUGGGAGGGACAUUGCUUGGGCCCCCAGACUCUGUGGUUGAUGUGGGGAACACAGAAGUCACAGAAGAAAUCUUUCUGGAAUACCUGUCCUCCCUGGGGGAGUCUCUGUUCCGUCAAAGUCAGUCCACAUAGGUGCUGCUGGCUUUCUCAUCUGCUCUCCAAACCUCUCUCCAUGCACAGAGGAGAAGCCUACAACCUCUUUGAACACAACUGUAACACCUUUAGCAAUGAAGUGGCACAGUUCCUGACUGGGCGGAAGAUCCCUUCUUACAUCACCGACCUGCCCUCAGAAGUUCUCUCCACGCCCUUUGGACAAGCACUUCGGCCCUUCCUGGACUCCAUUCAGAUCCAGCCUCCAGGAGGAAAUUCUGUGGGCAGACCCAAUGGCCAAAGCUAACAGGACUGCACGGGACCGCCCACCUCUCCAGGGCUUUUCCUUUUUAAACAAAACAAACCCUACCAGAUUUCUAUUUUAUAAUUUUACAUCAGAGCUAACAGGGACGGCUUUUUAAAUUUCCCAGGGAAGGAGCUUAUCAGGCUGCAUGUAGGACAAUGCUCCUGAGCAAGAGAACAAAUGCCAUCCCUUCUAAUAGUAUUAUACUAAUUUAUUAAGGCUGUCUUGUCUGUGAGUUCACUUCUGACGCUGUUGCCUAAGCGUCCUCUACACUGGAGAGAGAGGGUACUUGUUUAAAGAGAAAGCAAGAGUCACAGGCUGGGAGAACCCCAUCUUGGACCCUCUUUCCAGAGAACAUCCACAUUCCACCCAGGUUGCCACUCCCGUGGGACCCAGGUGAGUUUUAUACUGUCCAUUCCCCUGGAGCAGUCACCCUCUAGCAGUAACUGAACCAAAGGACUUGGAGUACAUGGGGGCCAGCUGUAGGCUCCUCACUCAACCUAAGUGAACUCUUUAACCACAAGUUUACCCCUCCUCCCAAGACAAGGCCACCGUCACAGCCGGAGGGAGCAGCUGGAGCAGCAGGAUCAAAGGAGACUGGCAGCAGGGGUGAGGCCAGAGAAAACAGGAGAAAGCCAUUCCUCCUCCUCCUAUCUGAGUGCCAAGCCUCGAUGCCCACCCCAGAGCUGCUCUUCUUCAGCAUAGCUUGACCUGUCACCUUUAAUAAAGGUCUAGGAUGCAGCAUCAGAGACACAGGCCUUCUGUCUGAGAAUAAUUACAUCAGUUACUUAGUCAAUAGAGUGAUGUAGAAAGAAUACCAUAAUGAUGGAGAUUCAUGGUGGGAAGAAAAUUUGGAGUUGUCUCCAGUAGGGACUUUUACAUUAUCCUUAAUGUGUCUUGAACAGAGUUAUCUCCGUUGUCAUUCUGACCUUAUGGGGUGUGGUUGGGGUGUGAGUGGGCAUUUUCCUAAUGAUAUGCUGCUAGGAUUUCAUAGGCAGGAAUAGCCUGGAAGCCUAUAUGAUCUAGACUCUAGAUUCCAGAGGGACCUUAAGGUUCCCUUCCUUGGUGUCAGCCUUCUGCUAGCUAAUGUGGAGAACUGGAUAUGGAGAAGGGAGCUCAGAGCAGGCACCUGAGCCUCAGCUCCACAUCCAUGGGAGGCUCCCCACCAUAGCUUCCUGCCAUGUUCCUGCUGGAGCAGGCCUUUCCUCCCUGAAAAGCUCCUAUUGGUUCAUACUUGCCCAUACCCUGCUGUCUUUGCCACUAGCCAUAGCCGUAGGCAUCAUGGAGAUCUCUGACUCAGAGCUGACCUGUUGUCUGACCAGAGCUCUGUUCAGCUAGGAUGUCAAGUGAUGUUUUGGAACUUGAAAGUCAGAGUCGAGUGAGUCUCAAGACUCAACAGUGGACAGGUGUGUGUGGCUACCUAGGGUGGAAACCAACAGAAGUCGUUUAGUGUUGGUCUGUUGGCAGAAUAGGGCUUAGAAAGCUGAGUGUUUAAAACUUGGUGUCUGGGAAGGUAGAGGUUGCUGGAAGCCAUCCCUUCUUCAUUUGCCUGGCCCCAGCUGGUAGCAUCUCUGCCCAGAGCGCUCACCUCUGUCCUGAGGGUGCUCUCACAUGGCCAUUCUCUGGUUUUCUCUUCAUAGCAGUAACAUAAUAACCAUGAUAUUCUGAGACGUUUGCCUGAGGACCUUUGGUCACUUAAUUGCUUGAAUUAUUUCCUGUCAAGUCUAGCAGCCAUCCAUGCAAUGUCUAUGGCCGUGGCUGGCAGAGGGACAGGAAGAGUGGACAGUCUCUCUGAUCUCGGUAGGAAGGCAAGCUCUCCUUCCCCUAUGCAAGUUCCAUUGUCACCAGAAUCCCAGGCCAGAAACCCCACAUCCCACCUUUACAUUUCUCUGUCCCAAUGUCUCAGGAGCGGUCUGUUCGUGGCCAGGUGACACCUGGGCAUGUACAAGCAAGCUGAGAGGAAAAGGAGUCGUGUGGUUCGUGUCACAUAGUAGACACCCCUGUCCAUUGGUCAGUUGGUCAAGGGACAAGGGAAGUGGAGGCAUGAGACCAUCAUCCUCUCCUAGACUGAAGUGUUUCUUUGAGAUUCCUCAUGACUUCCUUGAAGUCAAACUAAUUCUGUCUAAUACGGAGGUGUUUGCUGGUUUUCAUUGGUGUUUUUCUAAUGCAAUAAAGUCAUUUCUGCCUGC